CCUUGAACCAUAGAACCUUGACUAAGAAAAAAACAAAGGCAUUCCAGAAAUUAAAAUUACUGACAUUUGAAAUGAAGGAAGAAGCUCAACAGAUGGAAUGGUCCAAAGCACGAGAAGUUGUUUUCAGUGUGGACCUUGUGGAAGCCGCUAAGCAGCAACUCCAAUUUCUUGCUGUCGUCAAUAGUAUCGGUAGCCUUUACAAUGGGCCUGCUCUUGAUCGUGCCAUAUACAGGUACAAAUAUUGUUGGCUUCCAUUGCUAGCAAAACAUGUGGAUUCCCCUAUAACAACAGAACCCCUAGUUGUGCCUCUCGAUUGUGAAUGGAUAUGGCACUGUUAUCGGCUCAAUCCUAUGCAAUAUAAGAUGGAUUGUGAGGAAAUUUUUGGAAAAAAUCUUGACAAUCUCAACGUCUUAUCAACUACAAAAGCAGCUUGCACAAAGCAGGCUGAAAGUAUCUGGAAUGAUAUGUAUCCAACAGAACCAUACUAUGUUCAACUCAAUUGCCACUCUUCAAUGAGCAAUGUCGGGACUAAUGUUGGAGCUCAAAGAAGCACUAACUAUGAUUUGGCUGCAGCAGUGAAGAGGCAAAGGUCUUUCUUUCAUAAGGUGUCAAAAUAUAUAAUACAAGAUGAUUGCUUCUUUGAAGAAGCAGUCCUUAAAUACAAAGCAUUUUUGCACUUGAUUAAGAGAAAGAAAGAGAGCCCCAUCAAGUUCUUCUGUGUUCCGACCGAAGACAUCGACCUCAUUUGGCAUUCGCACCAGCUUUAUCCCCUUUCUUAUAGUAACGAUCUCAAGGCAAUACUUGGAAAGAUAGUGGACCACAAUGACCGAGAUUCUUCAAGUGGUGCUAAGCUCAGGAUUGGAUUCGCACAGACCACUAAGCUCUGGGAAGAGACCUUUGGCGGAUCGUACUUAAGGGCAAGAGUGAUGCACACAUAUAUUGACCAGGUCGCUAAAUGUGGCAAGCUAUGUGUGGAAGGCUUCACAGUGUAUCGCUCAGAAGAAUAUGGGGUUGUCAUGGAGAAAUCACAAACCGAAUGCUGUGAUGGUUGUGUAGAUGGAUGAAUUAUAUACAUGGACGGAUAUCCGUCCUCUUAUAUAAAGUGCUGGUUUUUGGUCCAUCUGUGACAAGAUCAGUCUAUCAAUCAUCAAUCAAUUAAAUAAAUGAGAGGUUCUUAAUUCGUUUA